AUGAGGUUACUUGGAAAACUCUAUAAUGGUAACAAGAAGAGAUAUCCCAUCGGUACAAUUUCAGGUUAUGCCAACGUCCCUCCCAUUGCGGAGACACUUGCAUGGUCUUUGAAACAGGUGGAGAGAUACGACGAAGCAGCAGAUGUCUAUCGCGAGGUAGCAGAAUACCACACUCAGAAAGCCUACACCCAAACAGUGAAAUUUAGUCUUCCAAUCGCCAGCAUGUACAGGUUAAAGUCUCUUCAUAACAGGGCCAAUUGUCUUCUCGCCGGAAAACAGUUCAAGCAGGCAGAAAUUCUAUUUUUUGAUGUUCACAAGCAGGAAGACAAAGAAUACGGCUCUGAUGGUUAUUACGUUGGUGACUCUGCGCAUGGCCUGGGAGCAUCAUUGCAAGGGCAAGGGGAGAUGAAAAAAUCCGAGAAGAUGUUUCGCAAAGCAUACAAAAGCCGACGAAUAGUUCUAGGGAACGACCGUGAGCUUACGCUCAAAUCAUGGCGGUGCAUGAACGAAACAGUAUCCGGUCUCAGGAAGUUUAUGAAUCGUCUUUCCAAAAACUCUUGA